AUGGAAAGAGUAACGAUAGAAGAUUUAAAUAAGCAUAUCGCAGAAUUUUUAGAUUGGUAUAGGGACUAUGUUCAACAAAUGGAUGAGCUCCGCAUGAAUGAAUUAGGGGAAAAGUUAAAGUGGUAUGUUGUAGGGCCUCCGGCGCUCCAGCGUCCCUCCUUUGUCCAUCUCCAUCUGACGUGGCAUCAACCACGUCAGGCCCUUUUUAUAAAAAUAAAAAAAAUAAAAAUUCAAAACCAGGUUAAACACGAAAUAGCUGCCAUAUUCUCCCAAAAGUUUUUCCCCCCAAAUCUUUCCCUCCUCCCUCCACGCCACCGAUCGCCACCACCAACUACCCCACAAGCACCGCUGCCAAUUGCAUCCAUCUCCAUCUCUAUCCACAAGACUUCCCAAGGAAAUGCUAUUGUGGACACACAUGAAUAUUUGUUGCCUCCUGUUAGUAAUAUUCAACAUGACAAUGUAAUUGGAACUCAAAAUAGUGUAAUUACUCAGACAAUCUCAAAUCCUGCAGAAUCAGGCUAUGACACAUUGUGUCAAUCAAGUGAGACGCUGCUUGUCAUGGAGAUUGUGUUAGAAACAUACAUCGAAAAUGCUACUGUGGAGCAUGCUUUAGUGUUUUGGUGGAGCAUAUGAUGUGAGGCAAAUUAAUGUAUGGGAUGAUUCAAUAUUUCUAUUUGAGAAAUAUUUGAUGUAAUUUUGUUCCUAAAAUGAUCUUUAUUGAGGUUUUGCAGAAUGAUCUGUAAAUUUUCAUGGUCUAUAUUGGGCUCUUAUUUCGUUAUGUAGUUUCUUGAAGAUUCUCAAUUUGGGCACUUUGACUUAUUUAUUUGAUAUUGAGGACGAAGCUUUAUUUUGCU